AUGUACAGCAGCUCGUCGCCGCAAGAGGCCGCGGGCGACGCGAUCGCGGGCAUGCGCUUUGGCGACGACGUCUUCUACUCGCCCAAGCGGCCGCCGCCGAAGGGCGUGUACCGGUACCUCACGGGCGCGGCCCACGCGCGCCAGCACGCGAGCUACGACUUUGCGGUCGUCACGACCACGUUGACGCCCGACGACGCCGACGCCGUCCAGUGCCACCUCGUCGAGCCGCUCGUGGACCACGGGCUGCACGUCGACGUCAUCGAGGCCGUCGAUGGCACGUACUUUAUCCUGAUGGUCCGCGCGCCGGACGAGAUUGUCGUGCGCCACGCCAAGAAGCUCAAGCUGCAAAUGUGGCUGCGCUGCGGCAACGCGCGAGAGCUGGACGCGACGCUGCUUGAAGACGCUGGCAUGAACCCCGCGGAUCGCAUCCAGGUCGUGGACCACUUGGUCCGGGAAGGUGCCAAGAUUACCGAAAGCGCCAAGCACGUGCGCCGCGUCUUUCCCGUGCACGACGCGGCGCGCAACGACGAGCUUCUCACCAAGUACAUUGCGAGCGCGAAGCUCGAGAUGGAGAUUCAGUCGGACGCGUUCUGUGCCCACGUCAAGACGUACUUUGGCGAGAAAGUCGCGUUCUACUUUUGCUUUCUCGACUAUUACAACAAAUCGCUCUUCCCCAUCGCGCUCGUCGGCGUCCUCCUCACGAUCGCGCGGCCCUUCCUCGGUAUUGUGCUCUACAUGCGCGUGCUCGUCGUCUGGGGCUUCCUCGUCUCGGUCGUCUGGAGCUUUUGGUUCCUCAAGAGCUGGCUGCGCAAGACCAAGGAGCUCAACUUCAACUGGCGCAACAACUUUAACGCGACGUUCACGGUGUACCCCAACCCUACGUUUCACGGCGCCCCGUGCACGAACCCGAUCACGGGCCUCCCGGAUCUCUCGUACCCGGGCUGGAAGCGCUACCCGACGUACGCGGCCGUCGUGCUCUUCAUGCUUGUUCAGAUUGCCAUCAUGAUGCUCUUCAUUGCCGCGUGGCUCACCAUCUUUGAAGGCUUGAAGGUGCGGUACCCGACCACCGGGCUCUUUAGCGUCCAGUGGUGGACGAUCCUCGGCGGUGGCAUCGUCUUUGGCUUGUUUGUCGACGUCUUCCAAUGGAACGUGGUCGUGACGCGCGCCGCGCGUCUCCUCACGCGCUGGGAAAACUGGAAGACGAUGGAGCAGUACGAGCGCUCGUUGAUCCGGAAGCUCUUUUGCAUGGACUUUCUCAACUACUACACGUGGUUCUUCCUCCUCGCGUUCGUGUACGUGAUUCCCGGCGCCGGCGACUGGAUCACGAACGCCCUCAACUCGAUUCUGUACAAGGAUCCGGUCAACUGCUGCUUUGGCCCGCACUUGCACAAGGCCUCCAACGUGUGUCUGUCGUGCCCGAGCCCGUGGACAGGCCACCACACGGUCGCCAACCCACGUCAAUGCAUCCCCUGCGUUGGCUGGAUCACGUUUGACCGCGCGCAUUUGGACCUCGAGACGCUUUUUCUGACGCCCAUCAUCGUCACCCAAGGCCUCAACCUCCUCAUUGCCGUCGGAUGGCCGUGGUGCGUCCGGCGGCGCCACCACGCGGUCCGCGCCCGCACCGACAAGCAAGCGCUCUCGAUCGUUCGCGACGACGAGAGCUCCAAGCGCGCCGUCCUCGGCGCGCUCGACUACAACGAGAGCAAGCACGCGACGCUCGCCAACGACUCGCGGGCGCGGUUCCUCUCGCGCGGCCCGUACCUCGAGGCCCUUCUCCGCUUGGCGCGCGACGUGUUGUACCAAGCCGAGCAGCCGACGUACGACCCGUACGAAGACUACCACUGCGCCGCCGUCCAGUUUGGAUUCGUCGUGAUGUUUUCGAUGCUCUGGCCGCUCAUGCCGCUCGCGUGCCUCGGCAUCAACGCGCUCAAGUGGCGCGCCGACGGUGUCCGCCUCGUCCGGACGCUCCAGCGGCCUUUUCCCCGCAAAGCCAACGGGAUUGGCGAGUGGUAUGUGGUCUUGGUGGUGCUUGCUUGCGUCGGCGUCGUUGUCUACACCGCGCUCGUCUUUGUCUCGACGGGCGCGGCCGAGUUUUUCGUGCCCGAGUGCGCCGAGACCAUGGUCCUCGGCGGUGCGUUCCGGUUUGGUCCGUCGUUUGCGUGCUUUUCGCUCACGGCGCGCAUCGUCAUGGUGCUGGUGACGGAGCAUUUGCUCUUUGUGUUGAUUUGGAUCUUUUGGAAGACGGUCGGGAGCGUCCCGCGCUGGCUCGCGCUCGAGUGGCAGCGCCAAGAGUACAGCUUUAAACGCUCGCUGUACGAAGCGCGGAGCGGCGAGCUCCACCUUGGCGCGAUCACGGCCCAGCACAGUAGCAGCAGCAGCCACCUCGAUGCGAUGGUGGCGCCACGCGAGACGACGCCGCUUCUGCUUCGCAAGCCUUCCCAUACAGCGACGACCAAGGCGCUCGCAGAGAUGUGGGACGGCAAAGACGCAGCGUAG